CAUGGUUUGUGCUUAGCAGAGCAGUUACCAACCUGUAAACAAAUACACAACACUCAAAAUACUUUCUGUAUCUACUUAAAGUGCUUCAUCAUUCAACAAGAUAUAGAAUAAUCCGUCUUAUAUCAUCGUCAUCCUUACAAGUACUGGGGAUUUGUAGUCAGUUAUUGGAAAAUGUUUGUUUUCAGAGCGACUGUUUGGUUGGUUUUGUCGACAGUGAUAUCUGCAGGGACUUCUACAGCUUAUAAAAACUAUUUGGACUGCAGUUUUGAGUCUGAUUGUCCGUUGCUGAUCCAAGUUGAACAGGAUGAUUUUGACUGGGAGAGAGGUCACCUUAGGGUCAGGGAACAGGGUAGAUUUGCACCGUCUGCUGAUGCAACACUCGGCAACCAGUUCGGUUGGUAUUUAUAUACACCGUCUGGAGGCCGAAUGGGGUCAUCAGCUAGACUUGCGUCGGUCUCUUUACCUGUACCCAUAAACACAAUUGUUCAAGUCGAUUUUGCCUACCACAUGUAUGAUAACCAGGAGCUGGACCGGCUUGGUUUCUUGCUAGUCUUUGUCUGUACAGAGUUAGUAUGGUUUAGGUCUGGUAACCAGGGACCUUCCUGGAUCAGAAAGCAACUCAACACAACGUGUCCAAGGACUUCAUUUCAGGUUGAAUUUGUAGGUGUACUUGGUGGAUUUCACAGUGACAUUGGUAUUGAUGAUAUAUCAAUUGGAUUUUACGGGGAAGUCAUGGAAGUGCAAGAAGCCAUACCUACAUCAACAUUGGCACCGAUAUCUAUACCCAAAUCUGCCGUGGUGAGACCUACGGGUACAAUAAUUGAAUCUAAAGAGUGGAUGCUGGUUGCAGUUGUUUCAAUCGCUGUGGCUGGUUGCUUAGCACUAUUUCUGAUACUAGCUGUUGUCCACAUCUGUAAGCUGAGGAAACAAUCUCCUGAAGUCCUGAGAAGCCAUCCACCAUCCGACCAGACAACCUCUAAACACACCCCCCGUACGCCCUCUGACUCUGUCAAAGAAUUAGACGAACAAAAUGAAAACCAUCUUGAGUAUCGUGGAAUGAAUGCAGCAGAUGGAGCAUCAAAGCCCAAGAAUCCAGUAAGAUAUAGUGAUAUGUAUCUACAACCGAAGGCAACAUUACUUAAAGAAAGACCGGGGCAGUACAUGAGUAAUGAUGCUGAGGAUGAAGAUGUUUAUGAAUCUAUCGAUUGUUAAAAAUGAGGCAGCCAAUAGGAGACUUUUGAGACGCUGACGGCAGCAGAAAAACCGGUCCUUUUUUUUGCGGCUCACAGCGUGCGUGCGCAAAGGUCUGAGCACAAAAUAUACUGUGAAAAGGACCGCCUAAAAGUCUCCCAUUGCUGUCUUUAAAGGCAGUGGACACUAUUGGUAAUUACUCAAAAUAAUUAUUAGC